AUGCUUCCAGAGCAAGAAGGUAAAACUGAAUUCCCUUACGAAGGAAUGCUAACAAAAUCUCAGAGAUAUAUCUUAGGUAUUAUUGUCCUUCUUUUGGUUGAUGUUAUUUGGGUUUCUUCAUCUGAAAUAACUCAAUAUAUUUACAAUAAUGAGAAAUUUGAUAAGCCUUUUUUUACAACCUAUUUUAAAACUUCAUUAUUUUCUUUAUAUUUGCUCGGGCUUUGUUUUUGGCCUCCUUGGAGAGACCAGUGCAAUUAUCAAUCGGCAUACAUGUAUUUAAAUCCUGAUUUGGAUGAUGAAAGUUAUUGUAUUCAGCAAAAUACCUCUUUAAGUGAUCCUCAAUUUGUACCUAUUAAAAGAAGCGACAAAAGUUCUGGAACUGAGAGCGAUGAUUCUUCCAUACAUUCAGUUAGAUUUAGUAAAAUGGCUGAAGUCAGACACAUGUCGAAUGCAGAUGCCACUGAAGCAUUACUUGCCAGGCUUUCCUAUCAAGCGAGCGUAAAGGCAGGAGAAGUAGCUAGAAAAUCAGCGUAUAAAUAUCCAAUUAAUGAAGUAGCUAAAAUAGCUUUAAUGUUUUGUUUUUUAUGGUUUAUUGCAAAUUUUACUUAUCAAUUAUCAUUAAACGAAACGGAAACUGGAGUCGUCACAGUUUUGUCAUCAUCUUCUAGUCUUUUUACAUUACUUUUGACUGCAAUUUUCCCAGCAAAUUCAGGAGAUCAUUUUACUCUAUCAAAAUUAGUUGCUGUCUUUAUAAAUUUGGGUGGCCUU